CGAGAACAACCGUUCUUGCCUGUUCUUCGCUGGUUUCAAAUCUUGUUCGUUAAGACACAAAGUUUGGUAACCAAUUCUCUUCCGAAAUGUUCGGGCACAGGUACAACGGUAGAAUGGAACCAAUGCACAUGAUGUCAAUGGACUUCCAUGGCAGAUACAUGGAUUCUUAUGGAAGAAUGGUUGAUCCCAGAUCCUAUGGCUUCUAUGGCAGAUAUCAUGACCAAGAUAGGUACUAUGGUAGAUCUAUGUACAACAAUCACAAUUCCCAUGAUUUCGAUAGGUUCCAUAGAUUUGAUUAUUUCAUGAAUUUCCCAGAUAUGUUUAUGGAUAUGUCCGGUUAUCAGAUGGACAUGUAUGGAAGGUGGAUGGACAUGCACGGACACUACUCUAGCCCCUACUCCUAUUACAGUCAGGGACGUAGGUACCACAACUAUUACGACAUGUUCUAUGAUAUGUCCCAUUACCAAAUGGAUUUCGAUGGUAACUGGAUGGACAUGUACAAUCAUUACUCCCAUCCUUUCUUUGGUUAUGACCAUUACCACAGAGGGAGCCAUUACUAUAACCAUUAUCCCUACCAUAACUACAGCUGGGGACAUAGGUUCUACGACUACCCAGAAAGAUUCUUUGAUAUGUCUCACUAUGAGAUGGACUUCAAUGGGCGCUGGAUGAACAUGCACAGAUUUUAAUUUUGAAAUCACACAAACGACAAGACUUUUCGGAAAUUCUACUGGCUAAUGUUAACUGGAAACUUGACAAUUUUUUUAGCGUCCUCAAUAUUCGGACACAUUGAAAUUGAUAUCAAUAAAACUUUGUUGCAACAUAUGAA